AUGACUCACCCCAAGAUCACAGGUUUCGCUGCCUUGAAGCGUUCCAGCCAAGCUGGCAACCAACCUGCCCGACCAGUUCCGGAACCGAAGGGACUCACUUUCGUGGAGAGUAUGACCCUACAGGGAGUAAACAACGAGAAGUCUUCUGGCUUAAGACUGGUGAACAACUCUCCUGGAGGGGGACGUCAGGAGAACGUCGUCGCCAAAGUCCCUGGCCUCGAGGGCACGUACUCUGCAAUUGUCGACAACCCUGGGAGCUUGGUGGACGCUUACAAGAUUUUGCCUCGUGGCAAGAUCAGUGUGAUCUUUGCUGUCACUCCCAACGGGUCGGGUGUCAACAUGACAUCCACCGAAAUCCCGUGGUCUGUCCUGAAGGCGCGGGAGGAGGAAGCCGCUGCCACAACAGACAACGAAAUCGACCAAGGCCGGGCCCUCGAUGACGAACAGACGGUCAUUGGAGAUGACGAGACUGUUGUCGGGGACAACAACAGUCCCAAAAAGGGCGCUGAUCCAGAGAACCACGAGACGACCUCAGAGCCCACCACCACCACCCAACCCGCGAGCGAUCCGAACGCUCUCUAUCCUGACUUGGCAGGAUUAAUCAUGUAA